UAACUGUUCCACCUCGAGUAUCGAACCGUGAACUAUGCUAUUAUAAAAUAUGGACGCGUAUUAGAUGUGAGUGAAGCACUAGGAUAUCUAAAUGUCAAGUAAUUAUGGAAUUAAAGAUGCAUCCUGACGUCUUUGACUGCUUUGAAAGGACACUUAAUUUGUGCGUCUUCAACACGCAUAAUUUGUUAUGUGUCGUGAAGAGACUGAGCGCAGCUAACAUAAAGCUGUACCGAGCAUGGUGAACACAGUCAGUGACGUCAUAGACAGAAACAGUGGAAAUGACGUCACAGAAUGGUUCCAUGACGACGUUGAUGGUUCCCAAUCAGUCGCCGACACAACUUGGUGGUGUUCAGACGUACAUCUGUUGCUGUUACAAAACUUCACAUUUGUUGCUGGUCUGUGUCUGCUUUGCACAAGUCUAAACCUCAUCUCAGUAUUAGAUGAAGAUGUAUCCACAAGAACGACUGAAGAGUCGGAAACUACUCUCCCCCAUACUCGAGGCGGACGAGCGUCAGUCUAACCCACGAAGUUCAAGAACGCCAGAACUGCAUCAAGAUUUACUUGUUCAGUACAUGGACUUGAAAUCUCAAGUCGGAGAUUUGGAGGAAAGUCUUCUCGAUCACCUUUUCAAUGAGAACCAGAAGCUGAGAGAGGAGAACGAGCGACAGGCCCGACAACUCCGGGAGGGGAACGCCUUAAGGCUGAAAGCUGAGUCGGAGAGACAGGACUAUAGGCUGGAAUAUUACAACUAUCGUCUCAGCUACACAAUGGCGCAGGCUGAGCUCCAGGAACUGAAGCAGACGCUAGAGGGGCUGGCGGGCGACUGGGAGAAGGAGAAGCAGACAGAGAUGGAGCAGAGGAAGAAGCUGGAGGAAGAGCUGGCAGCUCUCCAGCGCCAGACUGCCCCUCUGACCUGUCACACUCCUGCCAAUAAGCGGACCAGUUCCUCCAGCGUCAGUCCUCCAGUUCAACCAAGGAAGGCUCGAAGACCUUACACAGGAAAGUCAAAGGACAAGGUUCCAAGCAAUAUCUCACAUGUCAAGACAGACUUCUCUGCUUCCGGUGACGACUUGGUGAAGGCCAAGGCCACAGAUAAGAAUGAAACCAAGUUGAAGGUCACUUCCAGUGUAAGAUCCAUUCUGAAAGACACCAAGAGAGGGCAGGAUGCUGAAAAGAAACCAACCCGAUCCUCCAGGAACCUUUCUGUUAGAUUCACAAAGGAAAUGCCAAUUGGAAAGAUCCGUCACGAAAUGUAAUUACGACCCUCGCCAUAAGGAACAAACUUUAUAAACUGUUUGAUUGUUGGUUCUUUAAUUCAUAUUGAUUUCACAUUCUUUUAAUUCCGUGUGUAAAAUAAUCGCUGAUUAUGUUGUGCAUGUGUCAUUGUUUCUCUGUUAACAUCUGAGUAAAAUAUCACGUUAC